AUGGCGCAGGGGGAGCCGCGGCUGUGCAGGGCCCAUGCCGGGCGGCCGCUGGAGCUGUUCUGCGAGGACUGCGGGUGCUGCGUGUGCGCGCUGUGCCCGGCGCUGGGCGCGCACCGCGGACACCGCGCCUGCCUCCUGCCGCAGGCCGCACGCCGCACAGAGGAACUCAUGGCAUUGUGCUUGAAGAAUCCAGAAGAGAGAAAAGAGGAAGAAGAUGGCAACAGAAGGAGCAUAGAGCAGGCUGUAAAUGAUGUGAAAGCACAUGCUGAUAUGAUUAAACAGCAGCUGUCAGAAAAAAUUACUGAGCUUCAGUUACUUCUUCGGGAGGAAGAGAGUCUGGCAAAAAUCUUCAUUGAUGAAAAGACUCAGCAAGCUCUGGGAACACAUGAUCAGCAUUUGAGGUCCUGUGAAGAACAGCUUGAAGCCCUCGAGACCUUCACACAUUGAAUCAGACAAAUACAACAGGACAGUGAUCCUAUUAAUUUGCUGGAGAAGUACACAGAAAUUGAGAAGGAAAUUAAGGAAUCCAGACACCCAUUAGAAAAGUGGCAUCCAAUAUUGCUCUCGUUUGAACACUUACUUAACCAUUAUAAACACUUCAUCAGAGCUCUGCAGUCCAUUCUACAGAAACCAUUGGAAGCCCAGCUUAAAGAAGGAACCUGGGAGAACGUUUUCAGUAGCCUUAAUCUCACUGCAAAGAAGGAGCCUGGGACAGUGCUGAAAACCUUGACUCCUGUUGAUCGGUUGCUUUUCUUAAAACAUGCAAGAUCACCAACCUGGGAAUAUGACAGCAUUCACCCAAAACUGAAAUUGUCAGAAGACCACCUUGAAGUAAGCUGUAGCUGGAGGAGAAUACUUUGCCCCUGUAGUCCCCAAAGAUCUGAUAAAUUAUGGCAAGUGCUAAGCAGAGACGCAUUCCUUUCUGGGAGCCAUUACUGGGAAGUUGACCUGCUUCGUGCUGGAGAGAGGCAGUGGAUUGGCGCAGCCUACCCGACCAUUGGCAGGAAAGGAGACUCUGAAGCCUGUCGACUGGGCUGGAAUAGAGCAUCUUGGUGCCUUAAGAAGUUUGAUUUUGAAUACUGGGCAUUUCACAAGGGAGAGAGAAUCCCCAUCCUGGUAGAACAUGAUCCUGAUUGCAUUGGCAUUUUUCUAGAUUAUGAAGCAGGAAUCCUUUCAUUCUACAACGUUAGCAAUGGCAUGGCUCAUUUGCACACCUUCUGCUGCAAAUUCACAGACCCAGUUUAUCCAGCCCUGAGACUCUGGGAAGGGUCCAUUAGAACAUGCAAACUAACGUAA